GCGCGUCAGCCCGCGAGGAGGCGGGGCGGCUCGCGCGGGGUCGCGAUGGCGACCGCAACGGACCAGCUGGUCGGCUAUGGCUUGGUGGCCUUCAGCCUAGUCCUCUUUGCCUACUAUACCAUCUGGAUUAUCAUUCUGCCCUUCAUGGAGAGCGACCACCAGAUUCACAAGUACUUCCUGCCCCGGGAAUUCUCCGUAAUCAUCCCCGUGGUCGCGGGACUCCUCUUGCUGCUGUUCGUGGGGAUGUUUAUCACCACCAUCUCAUGGAAGAACCGGAAGAACGCCAAGAAGGCAGCCUGAAGCAGCAAGCGCCUGGGAGCAAGUGCCGAGAAACCCGCCAGGCUGCCAUCGCCCCCCGGGUUCAGCCCCCGAGAACUAGCAGCCCCAGAGGGACCCGGAAGAGUGGCGAAACAUGGGUUGUGUGUUCCUCGGGCUGCCCCCAGUUGGCUCCCGCCCCAUUCUCCGGCUAGCCGUUCGGCCUGCGUUUUUCUCCUGAAGUUUGCCCUGUUCAGACAUUCCCAAGCCUUCAGGACUGGGAGGAGCAUUCCAGUGUAUCUCCUGCCACUCUCCAUGGCUCGGCGGGUGGCUGCACCCAGCACGGGGGGCUCUGUUGGUGUGCUUUCCCCUGCAAGAUUUCAAAACCCGCUCAGCCCACCCCGCUGGAAGCCUGUCCAGAGACUCCAGGCCGGUGGCGGGCAGGGGGGGCAGGGCAGCCAGACGCUUCCUUUGGUCCUCUCUCACCCGCAGCCAUGGGAGGAAGAGGAUCCUUGUGUCUGGAUGCCGGAAAGGGACCCCCGAAGGGACAAACCUCCGUUGGACCACUUAUAAAAACGGGUUGAUAGAA